GAAUUAAUUGGCAAUAGUGAAUAGUUCCACUAGAAUACAGCUAUAAUUUUUAUAAUUUACAACAUUUCUCCGCCGCCAUUUGUCGUGGACCAGACGAUUCCGACUGCUCCCGAAUGAGAAACGAAGAUUACGAAAAUGGACGAAGCCUUCUUCUUGAAUUAAAACGUUGAGGUGGUGCCCUUUGUGAAUAGUUCGAUUAAUCCGAAUUAAUCCUCGUUUGGAGUAAUCUGUUUUGAUUUAUUAUGGUGCAUUUGUGUUUGUAAUUAACGAGUGUUUUCUGUAAAUUGAAAAUUGUCGUGUAAAUCUGCGGUUUUACGUAAUAAUUGCUAUUUGGAGUGGGAUCCUAUGAAGACUCAUAACGGACUUAAGUACACGUUGCUGUAAGCAUGCAAAAAGGACAAACUUCAGGACAGUCGUUUCAAAUUAAUUCGCAUGCUUCACACGAGUGGUCGUGUUGUUGAGUGGUGAGGUGAAGGUGGCCUCAGCGGCAGCCAAGGUCGGCCAUGCAACAGCCGCCUGCCAUACAACAAUUCUACUAUACACCUUACAACCAGGAGGCAGCAGGGCCACAAACCACCAGUGGAUGGAUACAGGCGGACGCCACCAAAACCAACCAAUACACGCAUCAGUGGGAGAACAAUGGCGGGUUCCAUGUGACUGGUAACCAGUACGGGGCCGGGCAGGUGCAAGGGGGCGGGGGACAGAACCGCCAGGGGCCUCCGCAGGCGCAGUCUCAACAACAACCCCCGCCUACGCCUAACACUCCUCCGGGCAUACAUGGAGACAUGAACAAGCAGCCCCUAAUACCUAACCAGCCAGGAACUCAGAUCAAUUUUGUUAGAGGUAUUCAUAAUUCGCCGUUUCCGUUUACAAGACCUACAAUGGCGUCACAACAACAAAUGAGGCCUCAUAAUCACAGGCAACCAAUGCCGGGUCUUUAUCCAAUGUCUGGUAUUGUGACGCAGGCACCUGGCCAACCCAUCACGGCCCAGGUCUUGCCUGGGUACCCUGCUACUGUCAUGUACAACCCAGGGCCGAGACAGAAUACUCCCUAUUCUCAGGGACAGUUCAUUAUGCAGCCACAGAACUACUACCAGGCCGCUGGCCCAUAUUAUCCGGCGGUCAUCCCCCCUCAGUUCCCCGGACUGUCUAGUGGUGGUCCGUCCCCCCAGGCCGCAGGACAAGGUUCUGUGCCGAUGAUGAGGCCAGCCAUAGUGCCAGCCCCCAGCAUGGCACCUCCCCCAACCAAGCAGGAGCCAAAGAAGCGAACACAUGCCAUCCCGAUCAUCAACCCCGAGUCUGGAGAUGAAGUGUUGCCUGACAAUGAGAACAGAAGCAAUAACAACAACAUCACCCCCACUAGGUCGAACGACAGCAGCGCCAGGGAAACGCCACAACCGAACAGUGGCAUUCCACAACAAGAUAAUAACGUGGCUGCUGACUUUGCUGCGAGAGUGGCAGCCAGAGCAGGAGAGCCGAACACUCCUGCUCAGUCGCCUUCAGAGCAGUCUCUCACACCCAGUGACAGUGAGCAUAAACAGUCUAGUGCAGUUCCUAUCAGUGAAAAACAAUACUCUAUGUCUCUAUUAUAUAUGAACAGUGAAGAGUUCGUACCCAGGUCGCAGAAACAGCAACCGAGUGAACCUAUAGUGGUGGAGGAGCCACCCGUGCAACAUGUUCCCACAGUCAGUGCCGAGACAAACUCUCCUGCGAUCGAUUUACAGCGGUCAAAAGAUUACCCUUCACUCAAGAGCACCCCUCCUGUACAGUCACCGGCGAGAGGUAACAACAAGAAGAAGGUUGCUGAACCCGUUGUUCCGCAGCCCCAGCCCGAAAACAAAAAGGUUGUGAGGACUAGUGUUCCGAAGGAGGAGUUACCAAAGGAGAAGCGAGAGAAGGUUAGGUCGGUUUCUAAAGAACAGUCACCAUCGCCGAGCCCGGUGGCUGUGGCCGAAGUUUCGUCUUCCCAUGUUGAGCCAAUAGCUGCUGCUAAACCUGUUACAACAGUGCCAGUCGCGAUUAUUAGUAUGCCUCAGUCAGCUUCUGAUGACCUACCCGCUGUCAAAACUCUGCAACAUCAGAAUGGAGAAACUCCGGUGCCUGAAUCCACAGUUGCUGUUGAUGGUAGCAAAGCUGCCAGACAGAAGCCCAAAGGCAACAAGAAGAUGAGGGACCAGAAGUUGAACCUCAAGGGGGUUGACAAGGAGGGCUCGGACAUGGACGCCUUCGUGGACACAAGUGAGGAGAAGGAGCGACCUUCUACCCCUCCAGCCUCACCUCCCCCGACGUCUCCGCCUGCCAUCGUCCCCGCACUGGAGGAUAAGAUCAAGGAGGACCUUGAGGAGAAAGAAGACAAGCAGGAAAAGUUAGUAGCCGCUAAGAAUGAGGAGAACGCCAAAGUGUCAGCCAUGACCAUUGAGGAUGUGGAAAAGACUGAAGAGAAGAAACCUCCUCGGUUAACACUCAGGCUUAGCUACACGAGAGAUCAAUGGAGUCCUCUGAAUCCUGAUGGCAAAAAGAAAUAUGAACGGGACUUCUUAAUGGACUUGAAGGGAGAGCCUCAGUCCAAUGUGAAGCCUGAUAAUUUGCCUGAUGUUGUGGCUGUCAUCCGGGAUGCGAGCUUGCUCAAAAACAGCCAGAGUAUGCAUUUCAUGAACAACAGAAAUGCAGACUUCCGGGGACUCAUGCCUGAAUUCUUGAGGAAUUCUCAAAGCCAAAGAGGACCGUUGCCCAAGGGACGAAAUAGUCAACAGGGCAAGGGGGGGAAAAAUCAAAACCCCAAAGUUAUCCACAUGUCUCUUUCUCGACAAGAAGAUGUUAAACUCAGGACUGCAGAGAAUGCUUGGAAACCCCAGCGACUCGAGAGUGAUGCUGGGAAAGAUGAGGAGCAAAAGGAUACCGAGAAACUCUACAAGGAUGUGCGAGGUAUCCUCAACAAGCUGACUCCACAGAAGUUUGAUACCCUCAUGAAGAAGUUCAUGAUUCUUCCAAUAAACUCUGAGGAGAGGCUUAAAGGAGUAAUUGGCCUAAUUUUUGAAAAGGCUGUGGAUGAACCAAAUUUUUCCAAGGCAUAUGCCAAUAUGUGUAAAGUGUGCUCAAGAAUAGAAGUUUCCAAAGUGGAAAACGGCGCUGAGCAGAAAGUAAACUUCCGCAAACUUCUCAUUACAAGGUGCCAGACUGAAUUUGAAAGAAACAAGUCGUCAGAACUUGAUGCAGCCAAAUGGUUAAAAGAAAUCAACAACUGUACUGAUCCUGAACAGAAAAAGGAAUUGCAGUUACAGUAUGAAGAAAAAGAAAGGACUUUGCGAAAGAAGUCUGUAGGAAAUAUUAGGUUUAUAGGUGAAUUAUUUAAGCUGGGAAUGUUGACCCCGGCAAUCAUGUAUAGGUGUAUAGAACAUUUACUUAGCACUCCUGAUGAGGAGUCACUAGAGUGCCUGUGUAAAUUAUUAACUACAAUUGGUAAAGACCUGGAAUAUGGUCAGCAAAACCAAAAACAGCCUCCCCCUGGGGUUUUAAAUCCAUACUUCCAAAGGAUGGCAGAGUUAGCCCAAAAAAGGGAAGGUUCGAAAGUAUCGUCGAGAGUGAGGUUCAUGCUGCAAGAUGUGAUCGAGCUGCGACAGAGCAAGUGGGUGCCGAGGAGAGAGGACAACAAUCCUAAGACUAUAGAACAGAUCACCAAAGAGGCUGAAAGAGAGAGCAUGGAGAUGUCGAUAGCUUUGCAACAACAUCCGCCUCCUAGGAUGAACCGACAGGACCGAGGGGACGACAGGAAGCGGAACAACCGUGGAGGCAACAACCAAAGUGACAAUGACGGAUGGGUCAGUGUGGCUCCCUCCUCGAGAUUCCAUUCCAAGGGUCCGGCGUUUGAGGCUUCCAAGAUGCAAAACAUGGUCAAGAACGAGAUGGCUGACCUGAACUCGCUCAGCUUGGGUGGAAGAUCACAGUUCAUCUUCCAGACUACAUCAAAGAGCAUGGAGAACAAGUCUGCUCCAGUAUUCACCACAACCAAUGUCUACUCUGCCCUUCAACAAGAGAAGAAACAACCUCCUCAACCCAGCAUGAACAACAGAAGGAUGACACCCACUCCUUCAAUAGAAAAAGACAGAGAACGACAGAGGAUGAUGCAAGGCCUUGAAGGGGACGGCCGCAACUCGAGAGGCAGCAGCAUGCAGCGAGAGAGGCAGACACCGUUGUCGUCUCAGCCAGCCUCGCGCGAGAGCUCAGUACCCCGGCAACCUGACAACAAGGAGUCAGAGCGACGAGACAAACGUGAUGACAAGGUUGACGAGGAGCGGCUCGAAAGGCAAACGCAGACCAUCUUUGACGAAUACCUGGGCAACCUCUCCUCUGUUGAGGAUGUUAAAGUGGAUGUGGAGUCUAUAUUCCAUGACAACAAGAUUGGCAGCUUUAUUAGUAGAGGGCUGGAACUCGCACUUGAGAAGAAGGCCGGAGCUCAAAAAAGGAUCGGAGAACUUUUCACUGCCCUCAUGGACUACGGUGUCUUCACACCUGAAGUCUUUGUUGAUCAGCUUAACUUGAUUUACGAGGCCAGUGAAGAAAUAGCAAUUGAUGUUCCCAAGAUAUGGGAACUGCAAGCACAGGUUAUAGUUCCAAUUCUUGCUGCGGAGAAAAUCAAUUUCAGCCACAUCAAGGCUGCUUGUAGUCCAGUAUUAAAUACAAGGCCAGCCGUCAAGCUGCUCGUUCCCAUCUUGAAACUGCUGGCCGAGGAAAAGAAACCAGGUUUUGUUAGAAAAGUUUGGGACUCGUCAAAUGUGAGCCUCAAAGACUUUAUACCUGCCGAUUUAAAUGUAGAUGCCUUCAUUAAAGAAAAUUCACUAGAGUACCUGACGGGGGAGCCGCCCCAGUAUGAGCCCAGCAGUCAAAUGCCUAUGGACCAGGUGCAGGAGAAGAUCACUCGACUCAUGCAGUCAAACACCUCCUGUGACAACAUAUUCCAAAUUAUCUCUAGUAAUGUUGGAGACAAAGUCGAAAGUCUUCAAUUUAUCCGUGCCUUGAUAACUGCAAUUUGUACAGCUUGUAUAGGUUCAACUUUCAGUGUGGACCAGGCAAGGUUCAAGGAGUACAAGAAGCUGAUCCAGAGGUAUGUGGAUAACAGAGAGGACCGUGAGUUGGCCUGUCUCAGCUCCGUGCAGAUACUGAGCAACAAGCUGGAUCAUCCCGGAGGACUGUUAUUGCACAUCUUCAAUUUGUUCCUGGAACACAACCUAAUUAGUAGUGAAUCCUUCCUGAAAUGGAGAGAUGAUGAGUCAGAAAAGCUGGAAAACAAAGGAGUUUCUGUAUUAAGCUUAGCGUCUUUCUUUAAUGCGUUGGAAGAUAAUGAAUCUGAAGAUGAAAACUCUUGAUUCACAAACCGAUCAGAUCCUUGAGAUUUGAAGAUAUUUAGUCGGAAAAUCGUAAUCUUUGUACCAAAUGAAUCCUGGUCAGCGACCCUAAACAUAGACUAACAAACAAGUGGCGUUAUUACUUGUCGAAGCGAUAUAGUUAAUGAACUAACUCUAUUUCCAAGUGUUUAUGGAAGUGAAAGUGCGAUAGUGUUAUGUGUAUAUAUUUUCUUUAUUCAGUUUACAGAUGAACUAUAAAUUGUAUAGACUUAUAUGAAUAAAUUAAUUGUUAUUUGCUAACUCAAAGCCCGUAUUGGCAUAAUUUUGUAAAGUGAAGAAUUUUAGUAUCUCAAGAUAAUUGUGAAUAGACAAUUUGUACUGAAUAUUUAUUUUCGUUGAUGUUUUUGAUAUUGUGGAUUAUUAUUCCUUGAAGGAAACAUCUACUCUUUGUGAAACCAAUAUUAUUUAUCAAAUUAUAAAUUUGAGUGCUUAUUUUCAUUCGGUAAAAUGGACUACAGUACUGAAGUUUACAAGGAUUUUUAGAAUGUUUAUUAUGUAACAUAUUAUUAUUAUAUCUAUUCAUGUUGAUACUUUCUUUUUGUUGACUGAUUUAAAAUAAUUUUUAAAAGUGUAAAAAAAAAUAGCAAGUUAAAUAAAGUUAUAUCUAUUAUACAAGUUAAUGUGACUCGAGGAAUGUUAGUGAGCAUAAGUUGAAUUUUUUUAAUGUCUAAAGAAAGACAGCUUGUGAUACCUGUAAAAACGAUAGGUAAAUAAUAUGACGGACUUUAAACUAAGGUAAACUACAUUUAAGGGGUAUAUAUACGAUUCUUAAAAGAGAAAAUAUAAAAAAUAUGUAUAUAA